AGUCACGAGAAAAUAAGACUCAUGUGAUCAUCGCUGUAUAUAUAUAAACAUUCUGUAUCCGGAAGAAUUGAUCGAGAUCAGACGAAAUUCCCCCCGAACAAGAAGAAUGAAAUCCAUCUUUCUCACAGUUCUGACCGUUCCCUUGCUUUGUCAUUUAACACAGGGAUGUUGUACCCCCGAGCAAUGGAGAGGAGACAUGGGGUUCCUAGUCGGCACUAAUAAAAACGGCAAAGGGGGAUAUGAGGCGGGAAAAGUCAGGCUUUUCUAUGAUGCCAAGAACACGAAGAUAGCCGCUUUUUCAGAGGGAGUUGUAGACGGCAAAUUCUUCAGAGGUGCAAUGAUCCAAAACUUUGAACAAGGAGUUCAAUAUGUUGUACUGAAUGGUAACUGCAAUACAACAAGAUUGGCAGGAAAAGAAUUUAAGCCCGCCUGCGUGCCUAGGGAAAGCAAAAAAUUGAGCGACACCCACCUGGGUACAUCUACCGACUCUCUGGAUGUCAGUGCGUAUGAGAUUACUCUAAAGAAGGUCAGAGGGAAUGCUUACUUUACGGUUACUAACGAGUUAUGUGUUCCUAUCGGAGAGACUGUCACUGGGGGCACAGAGAAAGGAGGAUUCAUGGCCACCAUCGGGUACACAGGAGUUGAGCCCGGGAUAGAUGAUCCCAGAGUUUUUGACAAACCAAGGGAAUGCAGAGAUAAAAUUGAAGAGGGGGAGAUCGAUCUCUUUGAAAAGUUUGGAAGGUUAAACCACAAAAUGUCCAGCCUGUUUAGAUAAAUAAUGCAGUAUAUAGCUAACAGAAAAUCCUACGAAACAACUUUCAUCAUACAUCUUUUUGUCACUUCGAGUCUCUGAAACUUUUUUUUUUACCAUUUUGCACGUAUUUGUAUUGAAUUUCUUACAUACUUACAUGCUUUUUGAACAAUAUUCCAGACCUUAUAACUGUGUACCUUUUUUUGCCUGAAAACAAAAUUUUUUGAUACAAAUUAUUGAAUAUUUACAUUUUUUUGCAUAAUUCAUAAACUACCUUAUACUAUAAUUCAUAUUUACAUCAUUUUUACUUUGAAUAAACUUUUUUGUCCUGUU